UCUGGACGAUAAGGCAGUGUUUCACAAUCGAGUAGACGGCGACAGGUGAACAGGGUUUUGCCAACGCCCCGAUCGGAUCGUAAGAGUUAACUUUACUUCAGUCUUAGCUGAGCGGCUCGCUGCAACGAACGUGUUUUUCUGCCUGUGAAACGAAAAACCGAAUUACCAAUUAAGUGAGAAAUCGAAAUCGAGUGAAAAUGCGCUUCAAACUGUUUGUGGUUUGCGCGCUGGCCUGUGGCUUUAUGGCCUAUGUCCUGGCCAACGAGAAUAUCUCCACGGAGGAGCUGGAGGAUCAGAUCGUUAAUGCGGUGCCCGAACCUGUGAAGAAACCUGUUACCAAACCCAAGCCUCAAGCGGAAUUUGUGGAGGUUGUUCCAAAGGCCACGCCCGUUGUCAAAAAAGUGGAAGUGGAGGAAAAAACGAAGACCAAACCACUGGCCCUUCAGAAACCCACACUGAUUCCGGUGGUUCAUGUAACCAGUCGAGGAACCGAUGAUAUUUUAACCGUGGCCGGAUUGAAGCCGCAGAAAAUGUUUGGAGCCCUUAUAAUGCCAAAUGACUAUAUGGGAGAGCUGGGAUACGACGUGGACAAUAGUGGCUAUAAUUGGGAUCCCAAUAACAAUGUGGCCCCUCCAACCACGUAUUCGGUGGCAGCUGGAGGCUAUACCAUCACCCCCGCCCGAUUGGCGGAACUCAGGAGCACCUUCAUGUACUGGUACUUCGACAAGGACAUGUACGGAGGACGCGCCGACUACCAGUUCGACAUUCACGCCUCCAUGACACAGCUGCACAAGAAUCUUAACUUCCAACUGCCCUUUUACGGAUUCCGCUUCAACUACACGAGGCUUUCCCUUAAUGGAUACUUGGAGUUCUCGGACCCGCCAGAGUACCUCACCUAUCCCCUGGUUUUCCCGAUCAAGGACUGGCCCAUUAAGAACGAUCCCUCUUUCAUGGGUAUCUUCUUCAGCAAGUGCAGAGUGGGUCGAAUUUAUCCAUCCGAUAUUGACCAGCGAACGCCUGGCGUGUACUUCCGAGUGGAACGUGAUCUGAUGGGACGUACGGACCGAUUUGGAGUCGAGGUACGCGAACGCACCAUGUGGGACAUUCGACAGGGAGUCGUGGGCGCCGAUACCUUCAUUCCCAAGCACGUGGUGAUCGCCACCUGGAAAAACGUGUCCUUCGCCGGCGGCAUUGAUAACUCCCUCUACACGACAAAUACCUUCCAAAUGAUCCUGGCCACCGAUGAGGUCUACACCUAUAUCAUGUUCAACUAUGCUGUUCUGAACUGGCUUUCGCACACUGAGGCCGGAGGUGAUACGACAAAGGGCGAGGGCGGUGUUCCUGCAUAUGUCGGAUUUAAUGCGGGCAACGGCACUCAAGCCUAUGAGUACAAGCCGUACAGCCAGAACAUGGUGAUUCGAGACCUGGCCAACAGAGGUUGGGCCAAUGGAUUCCCGGGUCGUCACAUUUUCCGCGUGGACGAGCAGAUUCUAAUUGGGUCCUGUAACAAGGAUAUCGAUGCCGCCCUUCUCCCAUUGACUUUUGCCCCCGAGUCUGGCAACAUGCUGGGAGGUCAGGUGGUGAACAUCACUGGUCCUUGUUUCGACCCCUCGAUUCGCGUAACCUGCCACUUCGACACGGAGUCCGUGCUGGGCACCUAUGUAGACCGGAAUCGAGUGAUCUGCGUGCAGCCUUAUUUGAAGGCCGAGGGAUAUAUUCGCUUCCAGAUCUCCGUGGGAACCCAGAGAUUUAAGUGGCGUGGAAAGUACUUCGUGGAGACUCCGGCUGCGGCCACCGAGAAGAUCUUCUUUACCACGGACGAUGUGCACAAGAAGAAUCCCAGCGAGAUCCGCAUCACCUGGACCCAGUACAAUUUGACCUCGAACGCCAAUGCCAAUGUGAUGAUUUCGCUGUGGGGCUACCGCGAAACGAAAAUCGAACCGCAGCUGGAAUAUAUAGAUGUGAUUGAGGCCUCCUACUCGAAUACUGGCAGUUACGUAAUCACGCCCUCGAAUUACAUUAAUAGAAACAACGUUAACCGCGACAUGCAGUUCGGAUUCCUCCAGAUCAAUCUCACCCAGCCCGACCAAUACUCCGGAUUGGCCAUCAGUCCUGUGCUCUGGUCCCGCCCCAUUCCACUGGCCUGGUAUAUGGCGCCCCAAUGGGAGCGACAGCAUGGAAAACGCUGGGCGAGAGCUCUCUGCGAUAAUUGGAUCCGCGCCGACCGAUUCCUCAGAAACUUUGCCGCCGACUUGCCACUUUGUCCCUGCACUUUGGACCAGGCUGUCUUGGACAAAGGACGCUUCCGGCCGGAUCGCGAAUGCGACAAGGACUCGAACCCCAGUUGCCUAAGGCAUCGCGGCGCCAUCCACUGUGUGGUCAGCGGAACGCCAGUUGCCCAAGGAGCUGAGCAGCAGUGCUGCUACGAUCGCUAUGGCUUCCUCAUGCUGACCUACGACCAGAUGUGGGGCUCCCGUCCCCGGCGUGUGCACAAUCUGGGCAAGAUGCCCUGGAACGAGGCCAGCAAGGUGCCCUCGCUGUCCAUGUGGUUCCACGACAUGCGUCCGUUCUACUCCUGCUGCUACUGGCAGGAGGAGCAGGCGGUGGGCUGCGAGACGUACCGCUUUGAGCGUCGUCCUUCGCAGGAUUGUGUGGCCUAUCAGGCGCCGGGCAUUGCCGGAGUAUUCGGUGAUCCCCACUUUGUGACCUUCGACGGACAGGCUUAUACCUUUAACGGGCUGGGAGAGUUCGUGCUGGCCCGCAGCGUGGAUGAGAGCAAUAGGUUUGAGGUCCAGGGACGAUUUGAGCAGCUGCCAACGAAUUACUACGGCGAGGUGAAGGCCACUCAGUUGACAGCGGUUGCCAUGCGGGGCAAUACUACCACCACCAUCGAGGUGCGACUUCGUCCUUUGCACGCCCGCUGGCGGUAUCGCCUGGAUGUCCUGGCCGAUGGUCGCAGGGUCUACUUCGAUCGCGAGAGCCUGAAGUUCCAGCAUUUCGACGGUGUUUCCGUCUACACGCCCACUUAUCUGCUCAAUCAGUCACAAGUGGUGGUGCAGUUCGAUGCCGGAAUCGGAGUGGAGGUGGUCGAGAACGAGGGCUAUAUGACGGGACGCGUCUUUCUGCCCUGGAAGUUUAUAAAUAAAACAGCCGGACUGUUUGGCAAUUGGAGCUUUAAUAAGUUAGACGACUUUAUGCUGCCCAAUGGCCAAGUGGCGCAACUCAAUCUGAAUGAUUUGCGCAGCAUCCAUACCAACUUUGGACUUAAGUGGAUGCUCACGGAUCGCGAGGUUCCUGGAGUGGGAGCUGCUCUCUUCACCCGAGAGUUCGGAAGGAUGUCCAGCUACUAUGCAAAUGCCACCUUCCAGCCCAACUAUGUCCUUGAUCCGGCAGACUUCCUGCCUACGAAUCGGACCUACGAUUUGGAGAGAGCUGAGGAGUUGUGUGGUGAAUGUAUGCAGUGUCAAUAUGAUUAUGCAAUGACCCUAAAUCGAGAUUUGGCGCACUUUACAAAGAACUACUAUGACACCAUAGUCAACAUGCAGGCUGAAAAUGCAGUGCGUGUCGUGUCCUGUGGUGUGUUGCAAACCCCUCGUUUCGGUCGAAAGUUGAGCUUCGAUUUUAUGCCAGGUGCCAAGGUGUCCUUUGAGUGCAAUGAGGGCUUUAUCCUGGUUGGAGAUCAACGUCGCGAGUGCCUGGCCAACGGCCUGUGGAAUGUUCCUGAAUAUGGGUACACCGAGUGCCUACGUGAGGUGUACUACACGCGUCGCGUCGCUUUCAUAGCAAUUGGCAUUAUCUUCCUGGUCAUUUGCCCAUUGAUGCUGUGCAUCGUGUGCGGAGUGUAUCGCUAUCGCCAGAAACAGCUGAAGGAGGAUCCCCAGUGGCAGAUGCCCAUGCUGCCCCGUUCGCGGGCCAGUUCCGCUCGCAAUUUGAGGACCCUCAAUUACGACGAUGACAGCGAUACGGAUGCCAGCACACUGAAGAAAAGUAGGUCCUACGACAAAGUAUAUCGCACGAACGAACCAUUACCGGGCAAACCGCAAAUUGAUUUUCCAGCUAAGAAAUGGGAUCUGGAUGAGAACGACGAGGAUGUGACCUCAUCGGAAGGUAGUCAAAAUAGAAACAGCUCAAAGUUAGCCAGGGACAUUUCCUACAUUAAUCCGAACGUAACUACAGGUGAGAAGCCGAAGCAGUUGGGACGCCGAUCUCUGCAUGCCUCUGGUGCGGAUUUGCAUGGAUCUCCGGUGGAUCCGGAUCAGCACCCCGAUGAGGAUGAUGACUUUGACGAGGCGGAUGUCCAUACGGGCACCACUCAUCCGGCAGGAUAUCACCAGCCUUUGUCGCCGGAGGAGGCGGAUCAGCUGCAUCGUCAGCAGUACAGCCCCACUUUCAGCGGCUUGGAUAGUCGCACAAGUGGUGCCAGUUCCAUAAACUACACUCCCCAGGCGGCGACACAAAAUCGCUUUGGUGGAGUGCCGGUGCUGCCCAGCAAUACCCAGUACUACAGUAGACCCCCGUCGAGUGUGACCGCCGUUCCACUGCGCACAGCACCCACGCCUCUAACGCAGGAUAGUGGUCUGCCAUCACCGCCCCUGGCCACCUCGCCCACUCCCUCGGUGCAAAAGUCCACUGAGGUUUAAGGAUCAGAACUCAGAUCGCGAUCCAAGUAGCUGAAAAGUUCAAAUAGGAGCCACCCCAAAUAAUAUCUAAUUUUAAGUACCUUUCAUUGCCGAUAACGCUGAAAAUCACCCACCUGUCCAUGAUGUUUUCUUUAUCUGUACUCUAUUGUUUGCCCAAGGCCAUGACCACAUCAAAUAACAUAUAUAACAUAACAUGUAUUUAAUAGUCCAAGCCCCGAGCCAAAUCCAAAAACACAAAUCCUUGUACAUUAAGCAUAAUUCGAAACAGCCAAUUCAUUUGUACUUACUUCGGCCCAGGUACACAAUCAUCAUUUUAUAUUGAAUAAAACCAAAAAACAAUUGUUUAUAAUAGUUUACUUGUAAUGUUCUUAGUUCUCCUUGCAGCCUUAUUCGAUAAUGCCAAUUGUUACAUGAAAGUUGACACUUCGCAUUGUUUUUUUUGUUUGCUAUUUAACUGCCUGUCAAUUUUCUGUAAUAGUUUGCAUGAGCAGGGGGAUUGCAUUGCCACCUACACUAG